AACGUGUUUCUAUUACCGGCUCGUGGCGUGAACCCAAUGGGCCAUCGUUAUUUAAAAGGACUUUUAUACACGUAAACUCCUAUCGAUGUUCAGUGUGGAAAUGCACAUCGAUGACUUCAGUGAUGUGCAUUUCACGGUAAUCAAUUAGUGUUUUGUAUAUAUUAAUAAGUGAGGCGGUAUACUAGAGGAUAUAUGGGACGGCUAGGCCAUACACGGGCACCUGGCUAGUACUAAGUAUUAUCUAACGUACAGAAGGAAGUUCUCAUCCCGAUAAGGAGUUUAAGCAUCAGUGACGUCAAGCCUCAAGAGAUGGCCAGUCGCGCCGUGUUUAUGUAUCCUGACCUUGACAAGUCGGCCGUGCGCGCUCUCAAGGUCGAGGAGAGAAUUCUGGAACUCAAAGUAAUCAACAUUGACGUAGCGAAGAGGAGCGUAGCAUUAGAUUUGAGAAAAUCUCAAAACGAAAUGAAAAAGAGGUUAAGGAAAUAUCGGGACAGACAGCGUGAAAUAUCGAAAGUGAAAAACAGUACAGAGCCAAAAAAUCAGAAUAUCGAGGACUUCAUGACAAACAAUACUCAGCAUAGGGCGUUCACCAGGAGUGCAAUGCGCCCUAAAACUAGUCCGGCUGUGUUGACGUCCAAAUCAUCUGGUAAUCGUGGCGGAAGACAAUCAGUUUCCCAGGAGGAAGAGUUCGAGGUGGAUCCCUCGUUUUUCACGGAUCAGCAACGAUCUAAAAUCGACCUCCGGCCGAGUACAGCACGCGUGUUUAAUGGUGACAAGGCUGCCCUCCGGAAGUUAACGCGCCUUGGAAGUCUCGGGAGACGCGACGAACAAGUAAGGUACUUUGACGAGGACGAACUUCAGGAUCGAGAAUCGUUUUACAAUCAGAUGGUAGAAUGGAGAAAGAGCAAGGAGAUCAACAGUUUUGAGUCUCUGGACUAUAAAGUUGGGAGCUUCUGUAAACAGAGUGAGGAUGAAAUCAACAGGAGGCUACAACGGAACUCGUGUCUACGUCAAAGUCAUCAUUCUGUCAUGGAGUUCCGGCGAAUCAAACAAAGAGAACAACAUGAAUCUCUCCGAGCCACCACGCCCUCUUCUCGACCAAACUCAUCCGGGAUUAAGACUGGUGUGGACAAGCACACAAAACCCGUUGUAGAAGUUGUAUCAAAGGACACGAACGGCCUACAUACUCGAGCUAAAGACACGUCAUAACAUUCAUUGUGUCAUUUCCGGUUGCCUCGCAACGCUGCUUUCAAACUUCCAAAUAGACUUUAUGUCCUAUUAAAGUGGACAUUGGGAAAGUUAUUUCAGAUUCUCAAAUACGUUAAUCGAAAUGCUCCAUUAUUUCUUUGCCUUUGAAUGUUAAACUCAUCUCCGAUAGGUGAAAAUUUGACUGCAAUGUACAGUUAUCUUAAUGUUUGUAAUAGAUGUGACGUCACUUUUCAUCAUGGAGUUGUUUUACAUGAAUUGAAGACAAAGAAGCAUGCACGUGACAUUUAAACACUGAAACUCAAGUCUCGCACAUGACCGUCUGCUGCAAGACACGGCUCGUGCAUGGCAUAUAGACACAAACUCCUAACAUACAAACACUCCACACAUACCUUGUAAUAAGCCCUCCCAUAUAUAGACAUUAGGUGGGGAAUUUGUGCAAGUUCGUUGUUUGUCUUCACAUGACGUACAGACACUGACACGUUCGUGACUUGCAUGUUAUCACCGACACGUUCGUGACUUGCAUGUUAACACUGACACGUGCAAAUAACUCGCUUGGAAAUUGAAGUGUGCAUGACUUACAGACAGUGCUGUGUGUAUAUGAAAUAAAUAAACUGACAUUGUGCAUGACAAACGAACAUGACACGUGUAGAAACUGAAACGUGCAUAUAACUAACAUGUAGAAAUUGACAUGCGCACGAAUGACACAUACAUGAUUUAAAUGCAUGCAUUCAUUAAUGGACGACUUAAGACACCGACACGUGUAUGGAUUACUUAAUAAGCGCGUGGGCGAGUUUGUUCUGUGUGAGAUAAUCUUUAUCCUAUAGUGACUACGAUAAGCCGGACGAUUAUGUUAAUUAUUUUUGUCUGUUUUAUUUAUUGAGAUAUUUUUGUAAAAUCUAAAAACUCAUUCCUCGCGACAGAGGUUCUACUGUAUAGCUAAGCAGAAAAGACAUGCUAAGAGUCUGGACCACAGUACUAGCACAACUUUGACCUGUUUUCAUGAAUUCUCUUUUGUGAAUUAUUCAAGUUUGGAUCCAACGUAUAAAUUAAUUAAAUCCACUAGUGUGACUUUUGAAUCGGUAAAACUGUUGAGUACCCGUAUGUAAUCACGCUAUUCACAAAGACAGCGUUUAUCGUCACUGUGGUUCAUAACUUGUAAUUAAAUAGCGUCCAUCUCAGACCGAAGAUUGUCUAUAGACAUUCAUUGGGUGGCGACAAUCAUUACCAUCCAUUUCACACGAGAAAACAGUUCUACGUUUGUAAACGUUAAUCUUUUUCAUUCACAGAUUCCUAAUUCACAGCAAUAUGUCACAUAUUAACAUUGACUGAGGCUCGUUUAGUAGAAAAAAUACAUAUGAUACAUUCACCGGGUCACGUACCUGACGGAUAGUUGAUUGAGCGCCAAGGGAAAUUCCCUCUGUUUACAUAAUUAUAUAUAACCAACGAACUUCGAUGAAAAGAUUAUAUUGGAGAAUUAAUUAAUAUACAUACGUUUGAAUCAUAUCAAUCAUAACGUAGCAUCAUGAAUUGGAUUUUUCUCUGGAAGAGCUGUUAUUUUGGAAAUCAAUCGCGUCAUUUGGCUACCGACUGAAUGCUGGGCAAAUUGCAUCACAGGGACGUUAGAAUUUCUUACAGCUAUAUUUGGACUUAAACUGAGGUGUUCAGAGCCUUUUUACACGUUUUAGGGGUUUAGAUCGUUUAUACAAAAUGUAUCAUGAUUGGGGGUGGCAUUUUCACCGAAAAUUGAGCUAAACCCCUAAAAUGUGUCAAAUUACUUUGAACACCUCAGUUUAGGUCCAAAUAUAGCUGUAACAAAUUAUCAGGUCACUGUGUAUUGUAUAACAUAGUAAAAAUACGAACGCAAGAUGGUAGCUUCCCUUCUAAAAUGCAUUAUAUCUAAAAUGGCAAGCCUAAAUGGUUUACAUCCCUUGUUUUACACUGUAGUGGAAUUUCUUACGCUAAAUCUUUAACGCUAAAUCUCAAGCUGCCACAAGUAUAGUGUUGAAACGGCAACGUGUGAGUUUGAACACAAUAAGUUGACACCGUUGCUCAUUUGAACACAAUAUGUUGACACCGUUGCUCAUUUGAACACAAUGUGUUGACACCGUUGCUCAUUUGAACACAAUAUGUUGACACCAUUGCUCAUUUGAACACAAUAGGUUGACACCGUUGCUCAUUUGAACACAAUAUGUUGACACCGUUGCUCAUUUGAACACAAUAUAUUGACACCGUUGCUCAUUAUUCUUCAGUUCUAUCUAAAGACAGAUACUUACUCUUAAUUCGAUUAUAUUCAUUAAAGAUACGCCCGUUAAUUAUUUUACAGAAAAUAUUUCUAAAAAUCAAUCAAAGCCGCUGGCAUGUAUAUCUUAAGGAUAGUUGUAUCAUCUGAAAUAAUCUGUUGUACAUACACAACAAACUCAUUCAUACCUUCUACUGCUAAGAAUAUGGAACUUAAUGCUUCCACUGAAAAUGCUCCUUUUAACAGUUUGAAGAUAUUUUAGGAAAAUAAAAGGUAAAAGGCGUGACUCUCUCAUUCAGAAACAAAUUAGGAUAUUCCAACACGAUGGGAUAUCUAUGGCAAGCCAACUAGCAAUGCCGAUCCUGUAUUUUAUGAAAGUAUAAAAUCUUAGAUAGCAGAUAAGAUAUCUUAUAUAGUAUAAGUUUAAACAGAAAUAAUAUGAUAUAGCUGAUGAAUUUAAAAGAUAUCAUUAAUAUGAUUUGAUGAAAUACAAUAUCAGUUCUUUUU